CUCCCUUCCGCGACCCCGUUCCCGGCGGCGAAUGUCCCGAAUAUCCCGUUACCGCCGGCGGCCCCGCUCGCCCCGCUCCCCUGCCCGCCGCGAACGGCGGAGCGGCCGCGCUGCCUUUGCUGGAUGCUGUACGCGCGUUGUUGUGUGUCCUGGGGGCACGGGGUGUUUAAACCGGGGAGUUUACAAGGGUGAGGAAUCCAGACAGUGUUUAGAGAGUGAGAGUUUUAGGAGGGGAAUAGGGUGUAAUUAACGUAAACCUGAUCUUCCCCGGGUGUGCGUAUCGCAGCGAAGGCAUCUUCAAGAAUCUGGGUAAUUAAGUGCGGUUGCGCUUUGCGACGCACCUCUGGAGCCCACGGAGUGGGGCUGUUCGUGGGGGGAGACGGGGGGAAGAAGAGGAAAGGAGGAAUCAGUGCUGUGCAGAGAAGUCUCGGAGUGGAGGAAGGAGCGUACCCAGAGUAGAGCCUGGCUGAGGGGCACUGGAGCAGCAAAGUUUUCUGGGCUGCUGAUGGGAGAGGUAACUUUCCUCCUCCCCCUUCCACCAAGUUCCUCCGCAAAUUGUUAACCUGAAAUCUUGUUUUAUGGCCACUUGCUAGCGUUUUGUUUGCCUUCCAGACUGGUUCUGUACAGGAUACCAAAGAAUUAUGCAUUAACUGUAAACUUAGAGGAGCUUACUGGCCUCAGUGGGUUCUUGAUUUAUAUCAGGCAAAAGCAGAGAGGAGGGCAAAGUUUUACUCACUGAGCACUAAGGAAUGAAUUACAAGUCUGAGAGGGCAGUAGCCUGUGCGAUACGGCGGGAUCUGAUUUUCAAAAUGGAAUUGCAGCUGGCGCUCCUUCUCGCAGGGAUAAUUGCAUUUUCGGACUCGGCGAGAGGGCCCCCCAGGAUCGCGGACAGAGUGGUUCACCGGCAGUCCGUGCGGCUGGGCAGGACCAUCAAGCUCCUGUGCCCGGUGGAAGGCGACCCCCCGCCCCUCACCAUGUGGAUGAAGGACGGACGGACCAUCCACAGCGGCUGGACCAGGUUCCGCAUCCUGCAGCAGGGGCUGAAGAUCAAGGAGGUGGAGAGCGAGGACGCGGGGACCUACAUCUGCAAAGCCACCAACGGCUUCGGCAGCGCCAACGUCAACUACACCCUCAUCGUCAUCGAUGAUGCCAGCUCAGGGAAGGACAGCCAGGUGCCUGAAGGCUCCCAUGGGGAAUUUGAAGACCAUUCUGGGAAGCAGUGGGCCCGGCCCAGGUUCACCCAGCCUGCCAAGAUGCGGCGCAGGGUGAUCGCCCGCCCCGUCGGCAGCUCCAUCCGCCUCAAGUGCGUGGCCAGCGGCAACCCCAGGCCUGACAUCACCUGGCUGAAGGACAACAAGCCCCUCACUGCCCAGGAGAUUGGGGAGAACAAGAAGAAGAAGUGGACGCUGAACCUGAAGAACCUGAAGCCGGAGGACAGCGGGAAGUACACCUGCAGGGUGUUCAACAAGGUCGGGGAAAUCAACGCGACGUACAAAGUGGAAGUGAUCCAGAGGACGAGGUCCAAGCCCAUCCUGACGGGGACACACCCCGUGAACACCACGGUGGACUACGGCGGCACCACCUCGUUCCAGUGCAAGGUGCGCAGCGACGUCAAGCCCGUCAUCCAGUGGCUGAAGCGGGUGGAGUACGGCACCGAGAGCAAGUACAACUCCACCAUCGACGUGGGCGGCCAGAAGUUCGUGGUGCUGCCCACGGGGGAGGUCUGGUCCCGCCCAGACGGCUCCUACCUGAACAAACUGAUGAUCACCCGAGCCAAGGAGGAGGAUGCGGGGAUGUACAUUUGCCUGGGGGCGAACACCAUGGGCUACAGCUUCCGCAGCGCUUUCCUCACCGUCCUGCCAGACCCCAAGCCUCCCAGCGCUCCCGUGCCCCCUUCCUCGGCCAGCAGCCUGCCCUGGCCCGUCAUCAUCGGCAUCCCCGCCGGGGCUGUCUUCAUCUUCGGGACCAUCCUGCUGUGGCUGUGCCAGUCCAAGAAGAAGCCGUGCUCGCCCGCGGCCGCGCAGCGCCCGCCGCCCCGCGAGCGCGCCUGCGCCGCCCCGCUGCCCGACAAGGACUGCAUCUCCUCCAUCAACUACGAGGAGUACGUGGCCCAGCAGCAGCAUUUACUGUCCCAGGGCCCCGCCCUGGCCCCUGCCAUGGCCUCCAAAAUGUACCCAAAGAUGUACACGGACAUCCACACCCACACCCACUCGCACGUGGAGGGCAAGGUCCACCAGCACCAGCACAUUCAGUACCAGUGCUGAGGGUUGUACUCUGGGCUCUUCCUCCUGGUACCUCAGCAGAGACUGCUUGCACUGCCAGCAAGGGGCAAAGCAACAGAAAAGGUUAUAUAUGUAAUUUUAAAUAUAUAUAUAUACAUAUAUAUAUAAUUGUAUAUGCGUGUGUGUAUGUGUGUAUAUAUAUAUGUGUAUAUAUCUAUAUCUAUCUAUAUAAAUAUAUAUAUAAUAGAGAAAGACAGAGAGAGAAAAGAGAUUUUUUUGUUUUUAAUUAUUGCAAUCAGGAUGUAGCCAAGGAAUAAUGAAGGAACUCCAAUUCACAGCAGAGAGGCAGCUGUCUCCAGCAGCAGAGCCUUCCUGGAUAUUUUAAUCAAAGUGGCAACAAGUGAGAUGGGACACAGGGAUGUGGAGCACCACCUCCUUCCUUGUGUUACUGGAAGAAGCAGGUAGAGCAAGAGGUGUGUGUGGUACUUUUCUGGAUGGGCAUCACUUUUGGUGGGAAGCCCCCCAACCUGUCCUGCUCUGAGUGACUCAAGCUCUAACAUACUUGAGCUUUAGUGCCAAAGCACCAGGAGAAGUAACCCAUUCAUCUCUUCCAGGGAAAGGAAAUAACACAACAGGGUCUGGAAAAACCAAUUUCUGUUCACAAAGUGAAAUGCCACGUGCUUCUCAGUGGUGGUCAGCAAAAUCAGCUAACCAAGCUGAUUGGUUCGGUUUUUGCAAGGUGAAGGCAUUAUGUUUCCCGUGGGAUGUUCUGCAGAUCAGCUCUGCUCCCCUGGUCCUAGGACUCAGUGCCACUGCCAGGAAAAAGGAAAGAAGGAAAGAGGAACAUUGUACAGAACACCUUUAUAUUUAUAUUUAAGAAAUAAUAAUAAAUAAUAAUAAUAAUUGAACUGCUGAUGGUGAAGAAAUACAAAACACACUGUCCUUCUCUGAUGGCUUAGAGUGACAAGCUACUGGAUCUUCUGCAUCAAUGCAAAAUACAUGAAAGCAUUAGAAAAAAUAGAAGCAAAGAGAGUGAAAUAAUCUUGUAGGAAAAAAUUGCAUUUGAGAAAUAUCCAUCUAGGUUGUGUGUGGUUGUCCCCUCCCCUCAGAUAUCUCUUCAUAAGUGAUAAAACAUUGCAGUUCAAACAACAAUAAAAACAGAAAGAAGAGAAAAUAAAUAAGGACCAUAUUAAAUACCUAUAUGGACUGGGAAUGAAUCCAAUUGCAAAAUAUAAAACCUUUGUAAUUCUAUAUAGAGUUUAAACAGAAGUCAUGUAUAUUUAAUUUAUUUUGUUAAACAAGAAAAAAAAUGUAUGAUAUUUUCCUCGAAACAGGCAUUUCUAUACGUAUUUUUGAUCAAAGAAAAUAAAGAUUUUUUUUUCAGGUUCUGUAGAUGCCAUGCUCAGAACACACUUGAUGUAGCUUGUGACCAACUGUGCUUCUCCUAAGCUGGAAGCCACCUGUCUCUGUGCCUUUUCACACUAGCCAGGUGUCAUCUCCUGUCACCUCAGGUGCUGCUGGUGCCAUCCUGUCCAUCAGAAACUGACCUUUUCCACUCUCUGUGUUGUGACUGUGAGAGUCUGCAGUGGCCAGAUCACUUCUCAUGGACCCCAGCCAUCUUCAGUAGCAGAGUUCUUCUCUCACAGGGAAAGUUGUUUCACUGUGCAUUUCUGGGGGUGUGGGGAGGAUGAUUUAUUAGUUUUUUUCAGCCCAGACCUGCAGUGGUUUGUUGGUUUGGAUUUUUUUUUUUUUUUUUUUUUUUUUUUUUUUUUUUUUUUUUUUUUUUUUUGUUUUCUUUUUUGUUUGGUUGGGAGUUUUUUUAUGAAAAUUUUUUGUAAAUCAAAGCAUAAUAAUUUGUGAGGCUGUAAAAGGAACUUUGGCCUCAGGGUGCUUGGAAGAGGAAAUCAUGAAAUGCAGGUGAAACACUCAAUUUGUAACUGCAGCUGCUUUAGGAGCCAGUGGAGGGUGAGCUGGGCACAGUGAGGAGAGAGCACAGGAGCUGCUCCCCUUCAGGGGGGCUUGAACUUUCCUUCUGCUGCACACCACAGAGAGGCACCCAGCUCUUCAGAGGCCAAAAUUUUCUUUGGAGAAGGCAGGUUCAGCAAUGGUAUAACUGUUUCUCUUCUUCUCAUUUACAGUCUGAUGGUAAAAAAAAAAAAGAAAAUUUGAAACAUGCUAAUUUUUAAAUUUGGAAUUACUUCCUUCUCAAGCCUGUUCCAUGAAAGAGAUCCUCACCAAACCAGCUGCUGCAUUUACAAGUGAAACACUUUAUUUAAUCUGAAACAAAGCUGUGCUUUUAGGCUUUGCUUUUCUCUGAACGUUUCUGGAGGUAUUUGCUCUGUGUUGACCCGCAGUGAUUUUUUCUGGUGGUUUGUUUGAAUCACAGCAAACCAAACAGUCCCUGUUUGCUCAGCCGUGGUGCUGUGAGAUGGGGCCCCCAUCCAGUGAAACACGUCAGCUCCUGCUUUCUUUACCAAUACAUUCUCCAAAAAGUCCCUUCCUUGCCUCAGGAGUGGUUUAUCCAUGCGGUAACCCCUAGAGGAAGCCAUCCCCCAAGAUGGUCCUUCUGUAGAAGUUGUAGUAAAGCAACCCAUUGAUGACUAUUUUUCAGCAGGAGGAUUCAAUACAAAUUUAUGAAAUCCCUAGAAUUACAAUUAAGGAUAUCUUUAUAUGCAUCCUCUCAGCUUCAGGGAAAGCUGAGAGCAGCCUAAGUGUGAGCACUGACUUGAGGCAUGAUUUAGGCAGGAGUUCUUAAUAGUUGUAGUAUACUGAGUAAUUUCAUUUAAAAAAUUAAAAAUAAGACUCUAUACACUAAGGGCAUUGCCUUCAUUUCAAGGAGACAGUAAGUGUAUGUUUCCAUGAGAAAUAUUGAUGUCUGCAUCUCAUGUCUUGUGCCUGUGGGAAGCUGCUCACUGCACUGCAGUACAUCCCAAACUCCUGCACAUUCCAGCAGCAGUAGGGGCAUGCAAAGGGCAGGAUUCCCCUGUAAGCCCGUGCCCUUCUCUGCUCUCUGGGCCAGUGCUGCAGCAAGGAGACACUCCUGACCAUGCUCUGUGAGCAGCACUGACACAGCUUGAGGUGGAGGUGGGCACUGGGUGUGUGGAGCUCAGCCCUGAGCAAACCCUGAGAGAUUUUCUACCAGCACCAGUGCAAGGGGCAGCUCUGUCUCUGAGCCUCAGAGAGGGGGUUGGUGGGUUAAGAGGAGCACUCCUGCAUUUCCCAUCCAGCACAGAAUUCCAGGCUGUGCACAGCACUCUCCCCCAGUGCCUUCUGCCCUUUGUGACCCAGCAGGCACAACCUUUACAUUUUGUCAGAUGGCUCAAGUGGAAGGAGUGGCUUCUUCCUGCCCUUCAAAGCUCCUGAAUCAAAGAUAAAUCUCUAGAGCUGCUGACAGAGCUCUGCAAAGGCAAACAUUGCACUGAACUGCCCCGUGUGGAUGAUGCAUCAGCCCAGGGCAGCUGCAGCUCUUGGCUGUGGCACUGAAAAUGCAGCUCUGGUUUGGAUGCACCAUGAGAGAUGCUAUAAAAGUCUUGAUUUGCAGAAAGCGUGGGGAUUUCAUCCUGCCUUGGGUGUCUGCUCCAUCCUGAUCACCAAAAAUGGUGUGAAAUUUCUCCCUAGGGAAAUGCCAUCACAUGUCCUGUUUAGGGAAGGCUGUGGUUUUUUACCUGGGCUUUGCACUGGCUUGCUGUGCCUGGGUGGAUUUCACAUUUUUGAGGAAUUAUUUUUCCUUCACAAGGUAUCUGAGACAUUUUCUGAGUCACUCUUUCCUAAGUCCUACUGCAUGCCAUUGAAUUUUAGGGCUUGAUUGUGCCUUGCAUAUAUUGCAAAGUCUUCCAUGGUUUUAAUAAAUUCAACCAGGUCAUACUUGUUUAUGAAUAUGUUUUUUAUUCAUUGGGAAAAUGUUUGAAUGCAUCUUCAUUCCUAAAUAGAGUGUGUUUAAAGAAAACCAUUGUCUUGUUUGUGGUAACUGACCCUAUGUUGAACACAGAAGAUUUUUUAUUUUAUGUAUUUAUACAUAAGCAUAUAGGCAUACAGAUAUACAUGCCAGGCUGUGAUAGAGAAGGCAGUUGUACUUUUAAAACCAUGGAGCUUCAAAGAUCAAAGGAAUUUUAGGCUUAAAACUCACUAUCUUUGUUAAUUUUAUUUGCAUUGCAGAUCAAACAUGGCUUUACCUACCAGUUUGUGCAUGGCAUUUUUUAAUUAUGUAUGGACAAUCUCUCUGUGGUUGGCCCCUUUUGAACUGAAAACUUAUCAGACAGUGAAGAUAAAAAAGUGUUCUGUGGUUUUCAUUUGGUGACAAAUACAAUAACUGAACACAUCAAAGGAGACAGAAUGGCACAGUGUGUCUGUGGCUUUGUAAUAAAAGUUGCAAAAAAAAAAAAAGAAUAAAAGCCUGGAUUUGUGUUAAUACA